CAUAGAGUUCUCUUUCCAGCUGUAUCAUCGCCCUCUUCGUUUACAAUGAAAACAAACACCCUGAGUACAACUGUUCCCAAUUCAUAUUAUCCAGAUCCAUUUGUGCCAACUGCAAUUUUAGUGCCAAUAAAUGAUGAAACUCAUACAGUCGGAAGUGACACAAGUAGCCUGGUCCAGUCACAUACCUACAAAAAACGAGACCCUGUAGAUGUGCCAUAUCAGACAGGCCAGCUUCAUCCAGCCAUUCGUGUUGCAGAUUUAUUGCAACAUAUCACUCAGAUGAAAUGUGCAGAAGGCUAUGGAUUCAAAGAAGAAUAUGAGAGUUUCUUUGAAGGACAGUCUGCACCAUGGGACUCAGCUAAAAAAGAUGAGAACCGCAUGAAGAAUAGAUAUGGGAAUAUCAUUGCAUAUGAUCAUUCUCGAGUGAGACUGCAGCCUGUCGAAGGGGAUUUAAACUCAGACUAUAUCAAUGGAAAUUAUAUUGAUGGCUAUCAUCGACCAAAUCACUAUAUUGCUACUCAAGGAGCUGGGAUGAUCUGA